AUGGCAACCAUUCUACCAACUCGCGUCCUCGCACGAGCUUGGCACCAUGUUCCGCGGCGGCGACGCCCAGUCCCCGCCGCCAUUCAAUGUCUCCAUCAACGACGGCGAGCAGCAACGUACACGAGCCCCCCGCAGGCCGCACAGCUCUCCAUCAUCCAGACAGCCGUUGACUGCGACAGCCAUGUGUUCAAGGAAAAUGCGACGGCAAUGGGCGAAUAUAUGGCCAAGCUGACGGCGCUUCAUGAAGCUGCUGCCAAAGGAGGCUCAGAGCAGACGAGGCAGAAGCACGUCGAGCGCGGCAAGAUGCUCGUGCGAGAUCGUAUCACCGCUCUGAUCGAUCCAGGCACGAGCUUUUUGGAGCUCAGCGCCCUCGCCGGCCACGAUCUGUACCCCGGUGAGCAUGUGCCAGGCGGAGGCAUCGUGACCGGGAUAGGCACCGUGGAGGGAGUAAUGUGUAUGAUUUUGGCCAACGAUGCGACGGUGAAAGGCGGCUCGUACUACCCCAUCACCAUCAAGAAGCACGUGAGAGCCCAGGAAAUCGCUCAGCAGAAUCGGCUUCCCUGUAUAUACUUGGUGGAUUCUGGAGGCGCCAAUCUCCCACACCAGGCGGAUGUGUUUCCCGACAGAGACCACUUUGGACGACUCUUCUACAAUCAGGCCAACAUGAGUUCGCAGGGUAUCCCUCAGAUAGCCGUUGUUAUGGGUUCAUGCACGGCCGGUGGCGCCUAUGUGCCUAGCAUGAGCGACGAGAGCAUAAUCGUGAAGAAACAAGGAACCAUCUUCCUGGCGGGACCUCCACUCGUGAAGGCCGCCACUGGCGAGGAAGUGAGUGCCGAAGAUCUGGGUGGUGGCAAGUUACACUCUGAAGUCUCGGGCGUGACAGACUAUCUCGCCGAGGAUGAUGCCCACGCCCUCGUCUUAGCCAGAAGAAGUAUUGCGAAUCUCAAUUAUCCACGGACAGGCAAUCCUUCUCGGAAAGAGAGUUGGCAGGAACCUUUAUAUGACGCUGAAGAGCUCGGCGGCGUUGUAGGGACCAACCUUAAGCAAAGCAUAAACAUGCAUGAAGUGAUUGCUCGCAUCGUCGACGGCAGCGAGUUCUCCGAGUUCAAGCCUACCUAUGGAACAACGCUCCUCACCGGCUUCGCCACCAUCUACGGUCAUCCCGUGGGCAUCAUUGCCAACAACGGAAUUCUGUUCAGCGAAAGCAGUCUGAAGGGUGCUCACUUUAUCCAACUCUGCUGUCAGCGCAACAUCCCACUCAUCUUCCUCCAGAACAUCUCCGGUUUCAUGGUUGGGCAGGAUGCUGAGAAGGGCGGCAUUGCAAAGAAUGGUGCCAAGUUAGUUACAGCUGUUGCUUGCGCCAGCGUUCCAAAGUUCACUGUCCUGGUUGGGUCUUCCGCGGGAGCAGGAAACUAUGGCAUGUGUGGGCGAGCGUAUAGUCCAAGGUUCUUAUGGAGCUGGCCCUCUGCGAAGACCAGCGUGAUGGGCGCCGAGCAACUAUCAUCUGUCAUGGCUGCGGUGGGAAAGAAAGUUGACCCUAAAUUGAAGGAAAGGAUCGAGAGGGAAAGUGAGGCAACCUUCGGCACAGCGAGAUUAUGGGAUGACGGUGUAAUACCUCCUUCACAUACCAGAAGGGUACUCGGAAUGGGCCUUCAGGCGGCUAUGACAGGCAACGUUGAGCCUAAAGACACCCGCUUCGGUGUCUUCAGGAUGUGAACGAUAAGAUCUGCGAACCGGUCUCGCGGGCACUGUCACAUAGUCAUAUGCAGUGCCUUUUCCACCACCCUCUACUUCAACACUAAUUACUGGUAGGCGAAUCACUCUACGGAAGAAGUGGCGUAUACUUCUUCCGAGCGUCUCG